AUGGCGGAUGCUGUAUACUUCGAACCAAUGCGCACUUCUGUAUUCGUCACGACAGGAGGAUCCAAGAAGAAACUCGUUAAUCAUACUAUUAAAAGAAUAGCUUGUAAGCUUGUCUUUCCAUCUGGUUCGUCAUUUUAUGCAAAAGAUGAACAAGUAUAUGGCUUCAUACCGGAAUGGGGAAAAAUAGAAGUGACGUUGUAUAGGAAGCCCGGAAAGCCGACCAAUGAGACCAUGACAAUCCAAUUUGCCGCCGCCCCAACGGGCGAUGACCCAAAGGCCAGCUUCUCCACUGGUGUCCCACAAGGGGAAUACGGUGGAGAAACUCAAGUGAAACUUGUUGGCACAGAAUAA